CACAACAAAGUUUAUUUAUUACUACUGAAUAAUGAACUCGAAGUAUUAUAUAUCACUAGAAUUCAGUAAUGAUAAUUAAUGUUGAUAGUAAGAGGUACUGCAUUUGACAUUUAAAUUUUUUUUGUCUAACAAUUACAUUCUGAGGCUGUUUUUUAUCACUUGGACUGUUGGAGUUGGACACCGACUCUUGAGUGAUUGCUAGACAACAUUCGACCGUCAUUAACAUUAAUAGCGACAGAUGCUGUUCAUAGACAUAAUAGUUUUUGGAAAAAUGCCAAGAGCAUCUACAGUUUUUAGUAUCUUGGUGCUGUUGACAACCAGUUUGUUUCUACCUAGACUGUUACAUAUCUCCAGAAGGUUUCUAACAACUAUGGCAUCUAGUACUGAAGGAGACUACCAGUACACUCCAGGUCUUCAUUCUGUGUCAUAUGUUACAGCUCCAGAUGAAGAAACAGCUAAAAAAUUGGCAGAAGGACUUGUAAAAAACAAAUUGGCUGCUUGUGUCAAUAUUAUUCCCAGUAUAUUUUCAGUAUAUGAAUGGAAGGAUGAGAUCCAGAAAGAUCCAGAAGUUCUUAUGAUGAUUAAGACAAGAACUUCUAGACUGGAAGAUUUAACAAAGUUUGUAAGAGAUAACCAUCCCUAUGAGGUUUGUGAAGUGAUAUCUACACCAAUCCAACAUGGAAACUUACCCUACUUGAAAUGGUUAGGAGAAAUUGUUCCAGAUAAGUAAUAAGCCUUGCUUUACCACAGAAUAAACAGAUAUGCAUGUGUCAAAUCUUUGAAAUUAAUACAAAAUGCUACUUGUAUACUUUAACCACAUUUGCUGGAAUUAUGUAGCUAUAAAAACAUUUUGUUCUUAUACACAAUGAAUAUUCCAUUUGAGUAAUUUAUGUUAUUCAAACAGUUUUAGUUCAUCCAGUUCUUCGUUGCCAAUAUUAAGUAAAAUGUUGAAAAAAAAUACUGUUUGUUUCGAUACAAGUUAAAGUACACUUGUGUAAUGUACAAGAUAUAAAUAAAUACAUUUUGGUACCAUA